GGCCGCCUGGACCAGCCGCGGGCUGUGCGCCGAGCCGCGGCGGGCGGGAGCCGGGCGGGGGCGCGAGGCGAGCGCAGCUGCAGCUUAGGCGGCCGAGCGCGCCGAGCGGGCGGAGCGAGCGCCCAGGACCGAGCGCGGGCGGAGCGGGGCUGGAGCAGUCGCGCGGCGGCGGCUGCCCCGGGGGGAUGCGGCUGCCUCCCCGGGCCGGCGUGUAGGGAGGGCGGGUCCCCGGCCUCGGCGGCGCGGCGGUGGAGGGGACCGAGACUGCGGCCAUGGCGACCCCCGGCAACCUGGGGUCCUCCGUCCUGGCGAGCAAGACCAAGACCAAGAAGAAGCACUUCGUGGCUCAGAAAGUGAAGCUGUUCCGGGCCAGCGACCCGCUGCUCAGCGUGCUCAUGUGGGGGGUCAACCACUCGAUCAAUGAACUGAGCCAUGUUCAAAUCCCUGUCAUGUUGAUGCCUGAUGACUUCAAAGCCUACUCAAAGAUAAAGGUGGACAAUCACCUUUUUAACAAGGAAAACAUGCCGAGCCAUUUCAAAUUUAAGGAAUACUGCCCAAUGGUCUUCCGGAAUCUUCGGGAGAGGUUCGGAAUUGACGACCAAGAUUUCCAGAAUUCCUUGACCAGAAGUGCACCCCUUCCCAAUGACUCCCAGGCACGAAGUGGGGCUCGGUUUCACACAUCCUAUGACAAAAGAUACGUCAUCAAGACCAUUACCAGCGAGGACGUGGCAGAGAUGCACAACAUUCUCAAGAAGUACCAUCAGUACAUAGUGGAAUGUCACGGGGUCACCCUUCUUCCUCAGUUCUUGGGAAUGUACCGGCUUAAUGUUGACGGAGUGGAAAUAUACGUGAUUGUUACAAGGAAUGUGUUCAGCCACCGUUUAUCUGUAUAUAGGAAAUACGACUUAAAGGGCUCUACGGUGGCCAGAGAAGCUAGUGACAAAGAAAAGGCCAAAGAACUGCCAACUUUAAAGGACAAUGACUUCAUUAAUGAGGGCCAAAAGAUUUAUAUUGAUGACAACAGCAAAAAGGUAUUCCUGGAAAAACUGAAGAAGGACGUUGAGUUCCUUACACAGUUAAAACUCAUGGACUACAGCCUCCUGGUGGGAAUCCACGAUGUGGAGCGAGCAGAGCAGGAGGAAGUGGAGUAUGAGGAGAACGACGGGGAAGAGGAAGCGGAGAGCGAUGGCACCCACCCAAUCGGGACCCCACCCGACAGUCCUGGAAAUACACUCAACAGCUCGCCACCCUUGGCUCCUGGCGAGUUUGAUCCAAACAUUGAUGUUUAUGCAAUUAAAUGCCAUGAAAACUCGCCUAGAAAAGAGGUGUACUUCAUGGCAAUUAUUGACAUUCUCACUCAUUACGAUGCAAAAAAGAAAGCUGCCCACGCUGCCAAAACCGUUAAACAUGGCGCUGGAGCUGAGAUCUCAACCGUGAAUCCAGAACAGUAUUCAAAGCGCUUUUUGGACUUUAUUGGGCACAUCUUGACGUAACCUCCUGCACAGCCCCAGAUGGACGUGAGCACAGGAAGGCUGGUGGUGGCAUUGGUGUAGGAAAAUUAAAACCAAACUCGAUGAAGCACUCACCUUGCAGGAAGCAAACCUUCUUGUUUACAUCUUCAAGCCGAGAUGACUGAAUUGGGGAGGGGGGGAGCCUACUCGCUUUAACAGCUACCUGAUAUUUCCCAGCAUCGUUCUAGCUAUUUUUGACUCUGUGUGUGCGCGCCGGCGUGUGCACACACGCUCUAGCGCACAUUUUAAAAUAAUGAAUUAAUAUUAAUUAAUUAAAACCGAUCAGCUUGGGUCAGAGCUUGUAACAACCCAAUCCCUCUGAGUCCAGCUGUGGCUGAAUGAAUGGAUGAAGGGGCAGCACACGGGGGCAGGGAAAAGAGGAAACGCGUGUCCGUGCAGCGCCAUGCCAGUACCACAAGAUAAACUGUAGAUCAGUUUCUUUUCUGAGUUGAAAGAUGUGAGUGUGUUCAUGGUGAUGAUGAU